AUGGCCUCUGCUCUCGCCCGCAGCAUUCUCACAAGACGUCUGCACGUCUCAGCGCGGAGAAAUGCGCUCUCAAAAUUCACCAUGCCCGCAAUGAGCCCGACAAUGACAGAGGGUGGCAUUGCGUCUUGGAAGAAGAAGGAGGGAGAGUCUUUCGCUGCGGGUGAUGUCAUCCUGGAGAUCGAAACGGAUAAGGCGACGAUUGACGUAGAGGCCCAGGAUGAUGGUAUUCUUGCAAAGAUUAUCGCUCAAGAUGGUGCCAAGGGCGUUCCCAUAGGAGCAAUCAUUGGCGUCGUAGCAGAGGAGGGCGACGACCUCUCCGGUGCGGACCAAAUAGCGUCUGAGGCUUCCUCUGCACAGGCACCACCUCCACCCAAGGAGGAAAAAGCGCCUGAACCUCCCAAAGCUGAGUCUGCACCCAAGCCGUCCGAGCCCUCAUCGAAGACGGAGACCAAGCCCGAGAUCCCGAAGGGCGACCGCAUUUUCGCGUCUCCCAUCGCGAAGAAGAUCGCGCUCGAACGCGGUAUUCCUCUUGCGAAAGUCAAGGGCUCGGGUCCGGAAGGCCGAAUUCUCCGCGAGGACGUGGAAAAGUACCAGCCUUCCGCCAGCGCCGCUUCUACUGCAUCGUUCCCGCAGCCAACAUCAUCUCUCCCGGACUAUGUUGACACUCCUGUGACGAACAUGCGUCGCACCAUCGGCACCCGUCUCACGCAAUCCAAGCAGGAGAUCCCACAUUAUUACACCACAGUGGACAUCAACAUGGACAAGGUGGUGAAACUGCGGGAGGUCUUCAAUAAGACUUUGGGCGAGAAGGACAAGUCCGCGAAGCUGAGUGUGAACGACUUCAUUAUGAAGGCUGUUGCUCUUGCCCUGGCGGACGUUCCGGAGGCCAACUCUGCGUGGCUGGGAGAGGUAAUCAGGCAGUACAAGAAGGCGGAUAUCUCUCUCGCCGUCGCUACUCCCACGGGUCUCAUUACACCCAUCGUCAAAGACGUGGGUGCGAAGGGUCUCGCCACAAUCUCUGCGGAAAGCAAAGCACUUGCCAAGAAGGCGAGAGAUGGCAAGCUGCAGCCCCAGGAAUAUCAGGGUGGGACAUUUACGGUGUCAAACUUGGGCAUGUACGGCAUCUCACACUUCACGGCCAUUAUCAACCCGCCCCAGUCGUGUAUCCUUGCUAUCGGCGCGACACAGCCAAUACUGGUACCUGCACCAGAAGAGGACCGUGGCUUCAAGGUGGCGCAGAUCAUGAAGGUUACGCUCAGCGCAGAUCACCGAACCGUUGACGGUGCGGUCAGUGCUCGAUGGCUGACGGCAUUCAAGGGCUACCUGGAGAACCCCUUGACCUUCAUGCUCUGA